AAUGAACUCAAAUCGAAAAUCCGCUCCCUAAAAAGACUGCUCGAUCGCAAUGAUGACCUUCCCGCCGAUGUCCGAGUUGAGAAAGAACGAGCUCUGCAAAGCGCCCAACAUGAUCUCGACAUCGCCAAUCGCGUUCACCAGCGCAGCGAGAUGAUUGGGAAGUACCACAAAAUUCGAUUCUUUGAUCGGCAGAAAGCGACUCGUAGAUUGAAGAAAGCGAAGAAGGAGCUCCGUGCUUAUGAAGGUGGAGAUGCUGAGGAGAGAGCGCGACUUGGUCGCGCGGUGGACGAGGCAGAGACGGAGUUGAAUUAUGCUCAGUUUUACCCGCUGGAAAAGGCGUACGUGCCGCUCUUCCCCACGAAGAAGAACAUCAAGGAUGAUGAGGACGGAGACGGGGAGGGUAGCGGAGCCAAGGAGGUGGAGAGAGUAGGCGAUCCGGAGAUGUGGAAACGGAUUCAAAAGUGCAUGAAGGAUGGGACGCUGGAUGCUUUGCGAGAGGGCAGAUUGGAAGGUAGCAGGCCUAUCGCUGCGAAGCGGAAAGAUGAGAACUCAAGCUCGAACAAAGGCGCUAAGUCCUCACGGCCUGGUAAGGUCAAGGAUGCCAAGACAAUCGGCAAGGUUGAGAAGACUACCAACGUGCGGAACACACGAGACGAACCACAAGACGAGGAUGACGAUAGCGAUGGCGGGUUCUUCGAGUGA